AUGGACUGGCAACCUCAGGAGGAGCCAUUGAGGCAGCUGGCUUGCUGCCUCCGCGACUCUCUUAUUGGAGGAAUCGGUCCAGCUCGCAAGCAAGCUGAACAGAUGCUUGCUCAAGCGACCUCUUCUCCGGACUACAUUAACUACAUCACCUAUCUCUUCUCCACCCCGCACCCUCCUGCCUCGUCGGGGAUCACCAAUGCGGAGUACAGCACCAUUCGAUUCGCCGCCGCCAUGAACGUCAAGACCAAGAUCUUCGUCGCUUACAGUACCAUUUCCCCCCAGAGUCUGGUCUUUGUGCGGUCUGCGGCUUUGCUUGCGCUGCGCGACUCCGAACGCAACGUCCAGCGGGGUGCUGGUAGCAUCAUUACCGAGCUCCUCAGCCAAGGAGGCCUAUUGGCCUGGCCCGAGGUCCUUCAGGAACUUUUGUCUCUCGUUGGCAAUGCCUCUGGUGAUGUUACCAUUGGUACUCGGGAGGCUGCUAUGGAGGCUCUACUGAAGGUCUGCGAGGACAACCGCAAGAUUCUCGACCGCGACUAUUCCGGACAGCGCCCACUCGACGUUAUUAUUCCCAAGCUCUUGGAGUUCAGCUCCAGUGAGAGCUCAAAUAUCCGUGCUACCGCUCUCAGUGCCGUCCACAUUUUCCUUCCUUACAAGCCCCAGGCUUUGAUGGCCUCGCUUGAUCUUUUCCUUUCACAGUUGUUCAACUUGUCUGGCGACCAGGAUACCAAGGUCCGGCAGAUGGUCUGCCAAUCUUUCUCUCAGCUGGUGGAGUUUGCGCCGGAGAAGCUUGCCCCGCAUAUGGAAGGUCUGGUCAAUUAUAUCAUCAUGCAGCAGCAGUCUCAGGAUGACCCGGAGCUCGCCCUCGACGCAGCCGAGUUCUGGAUCGGGGCUGGAGAGCAAGCUCAGUUGAAACAGGCACUUGCUCCAUUCAUGCCGAAGAUUAUUCCGGUCCUUCUCCAGAACAUGAUCUACGAGGAGGAUGAGGUCAUUCGACUGAUGGCCGAACAGGAUGAUGCUGAUACCGAGGACCGUGCUGAGGAUCUCAAGCCCCAGUUCGCAAAGUCCAAGGCAGACCGUUUGAAUAUGAACAAGCAGGGUGACCAAGCGAACGCCCAGGAGGAACAACAGGUCGAAGAGGACGAUGAUGAGCUGAGCGAAGGCGAAAUUGAGGACUCCGAAUUUGGAGACGAUCCUUCCGGCAACUGGACUCUGCGCAAGUGUUCCGCUGCAGCACUCGACGUCUUUUCCAACGUCUACCAUCGUCCCGUCUUUGAAAUUCUCCUGCCAUACCUCAAGGAGACUCUCCGCCAUGAGCAGUGGCCCAACCGUGAAGCUGCGGUCCUCACUUUGGGCGCAGUUGCUGACGGGUGCAUGGAUGCCGUGACUCCCCACCUCCCUGAGCUCGUCCCUUACCUGAUCUCACUACUUAACGAUGCCCAGCCUGUCGUGCGACAGAUCACUUGCUGGUGCUUGGCCCGCUAUUCCGGCUGGGCGGCAGGUCUUCGUGACCCAUCCCAGAAAGCGCAAUACUUCGAACCUAUGAUGGAAGGUAUUCUUCACCGCAUGCUGGACAGCAACAAGAAGGUCCAAGAAGCUGCUGCAUCGGCAUUCGCUAGCCUAGAAGAGAAGGCGGAUGACAACCUGUUGCCAUAUUGCGAGCCCAUCCUGCGCCAGUUUGUCGCAUGCUUCGGCAAAUACAAGGACAGAAACAUGUACAUUCUCUACGACUGUGUGCAAACGCUGGCCGAAUGUGUCAUGAACGAACUUGCCAAGCCACACCUGGUCGAUAUCCUCAUGCCUGCUCUCAUCGGACGCUACAACUCUGUCAGCGACGAGUCUCGGGAGUUGUUCCCUCUGCUCGAGUGCCUUGGCUACAUUGCUGCGGCCUACGGCGAUGUUUUCGCGCAAUUCGCACCACCUCUUUUCCAGCGCUGCAUCAGAAUUAUCUAUGAGAACCUGCAGGCAUCUCUUCAAUCGGCAAACAACGCCGCUUACGAUGAGCCUGACAAGGACUUCUUGGUCACCAGCCUAGAUCUCCUCAGUGCCAUCAUUCAGGCUAUCGACCCGCAUAAGAGUGGCGAGCUUGUAUCCACCUCCCAGCCACGGUUCUUCGACAUCCUUUGCUAUUGCAUGGAGGAUGCCAACUACGAAGUCCGCCAGUCUUCAUACGCCCUUCUGGGUGACUGCGCCAUUAGCAUCUUCCCGCAUCUGGAACCUUUCAUCCCCACCAUCGCGCCCAUUCUCAUUAAGCAGCUCGACCUGGACCUCAUCCGCGACGACGAUCGCCACACCGGCUUCAGUGUUUUGAACAACGCCUGCUGGUCCUGCGGUGAGAUCGCCGUGAACGAUAACGCCGGCCUCUCGCCAUACGCAGACAAGCUCUACCACAGCCUCCUCACCAUCAUUAACAACGAGGAGAUUAUCGAUUCCGUCAACGAGAAUGCGGCUAUGGCAUUGGGACGGUUGGGAUUCUGCUGCGCCGACCAGAUGGCGCCACGAUUGAGCGAAUGCUCUGGACCUUUCCUCAAGUCAAUGGACAAGAUUGACUUCACCCGUGAGAAGGCGUCGGCCUUCCUCGGUUUCAACCAGGUCGUCAUGAAGAACCCCCAGGCCAUGGAGUCGAGCCUCGUCGACUACUUCCAGGCCAUUGCCACUUUCCCUGCUAAAUCGCUGGCGCAUGACGAGUACCGCGAGAUUCAGGUCUCGUUCCAGCAGGUUCUCCAAGGGUACAAGAAUAUGAUACCCAACUUCGACGACUUCCUUGGCCAGCUUCCCCAACCCGUGGCCCAGAAACUGCGUUCGGUGUACCAGAUCUAG